GACCCAACAAACCGGAAAUUUGGAGUAAACAUUGGAGUUAAGCCUGAUAUAUUUGUUACUUUCAGCUCCUUCAGGUUUCACAGACUGGAUAAAAUGAACAAUAUGUCGCCUGAGGUUGCACUGCAUCGGAUCUCGCCAGAGUUGCGACCCUUGCUGUGUAGUGUGGUGCGGAAUGGUCGGGUAGGACUUGAUUCCACGAAUUGCCUCCGUGUCACAGACCUCAAGACUGGCUGUACGACUCUGACCCCUGGACCCUGCUGUGAUCGUUUCAAGCUUCACAUCCCCUAUGCUGGAGAGACCCUGAAAUGGGAUAUCAUAUUCAAUGCACGCUAUCCAGAAUUGCCACCAGAUUUUAUUUUUGGCGAGGAUGCAGAGUUUCUCCCUGAACCUUCAGAACUACCGCAUUUGGUCCAAUGGGAUGCUGGGAACCCAGAGUGCCUGCUGCAUUUGGUGAAGGAGCUCAUCCAGCAGUACCACCACUACCAGUGCCAACGUCUACGAGAAAGCUCCAGGUUGCUCUUUGAGUACGACAGCCUGCUGGAAGAUCCCAACUACAGCCGCAACGUGGAGAUUUAUGCUGGGCACAAGAACAGCUGGACGGGAGAGUUUUCAGCUCGUUUCCUCCUCAAACUCCCUGUGGACUUCAGCAACAUCCCCGUCUACCUCCUGAAGGAUGCAGCACUGGACCCUGGAGAGGAUGUGGCCCUUCUCUCUGUGAGUUUCGAUGAUGCUGAGGCCACUCAGGUCUUUCCGAAGCUCUAUCUUUCCCCAAGCAUCGAACAUGCUUUAGGAGGAUCCUCUGCACUUCAUAUCCCAGCAUUCCCCAGUGGAGGAUGCCUCAUUGACUACGUCCCUCAAGUGUGCCAGUUACUCACCAACAAGGUAAAUUAUGUUAUUCAGGGCUAUCACAAGAAGGAGUACAUCGCAGCCUUCCUCAGUCAUUUCGGAACGGGGGUGGUGGAGUACGAUGCCGAGGGGUUUACAAAAACUCACCCUUUUGCUGAUGUGGAAAGAUUCUGCUUCCUUUGCACGGUAGAAAUGGACCUCCCGCUGUACUUCCCCAGAGACCAGCCUACCCUCAACCUUCCAGUCAUCUACCACUUCACCAACAGCGGUCAGCUCUAUUCGCAGGUGCAGAAGUCGUACCCUUACAGCCCGCGUUGGGAUGGUAAUGAGAUGGCCAAGAGAGCCAAGGCGUACUUCAAGAGCUUCAUUCCUCAAUUCCAAGAGGGAGCCUUCACCAACGGGAAGCUCUAGGACCCUCCACGUUAACAACACACCUGGACAGCUGCCCAGGGAGAGAGAGUGUGUGUGUGGUGUGUGUUGUGUGUGUGUGUGUGUGUGUGUGGUGUGUGUGUGGUUGUGUGUGUGUGUGUGUGUGUUGGUGUUGUGUUGUGUGUGUGUGUGUGUGUGUGUGUGUGUGAUGUGUGAAAUGAUGCACAAACUGACACACCUCUGUGACGGCUGCUGUAUGUAACAGUUGCAGACUCUGAGCUCCGUGUUGUGUGACUUUGACGGGGUUUUUUUUUUUUUCAGUGCAUUUACUUGUUAUUUUAGUGGCCGUGUAAGAAGCCCGACGUGGUGCUGCAGAGGGUCACAGACGCUGUGACGUACAACGGAGACACCCAGAAAAUCUUUAAAUGAACACACGUCAUGAAUACUGACUGACAGUUCUGUCAUCCGGCGUGAGGUUUGGGUCGAGUCUCCUCCACACUGUUGUUUCCCACCCCACAAAUGACAGUGUUACACUUUCAUUUGUGACAAAUGUGUUUGGAGUAUUUUGGCCAUUGUUUCAGGGAGGUGACUUGAAGAAUUUGUAAUAUUUUUUGAAUUCAUAUAAGUAAAUUUCACAAAAAUAGUGAUAAAUUUUCAAGAAUCAAAUUAAAAUAUUUCAAUUCAUCAUCAUUAUUAUUAUUAUUAUUAUUAUUGUUGUUGUUGUCGUCGUCUCUGACUGACAGUAGUGGCACAUCAAACACAACAAACAAACAAACAUGAAUAAAAUUUUAAUACUUUCACAUUUGAGAAACUGACAGUUCUCUGCUAAAAUCUCCUAACUGUGGGUUUGAUGGAGUUUUAUUCUCCGUUAUUAUGACGGUAAAAGACCAGCUUUGAAAAUUCCAAAUCUUUGUUUUUUAAAGGUCCAGAAUUUUCCCUUUUUUUUUUUUUUUAAAUAAAGAACAUUGUAUAUGAAAGAAAAAUCCGAUGUUUUCUAAAGCGUGACAGCAUCAUUACCUUGUAGCUCGCUGCUCUCUGCUUGAUCCCACGAAAAACAGCAAAGGAGAUAAUAACCAGAGACUAAUGACUUGUCCAACUCGAUGUUCUUGCAAAACAAGUUCACCUCAAAGACUUCAGUUUUAAAGGUUAAUGGGUCAUCAGACGAGAUACUUUACGCUCACGCUGAACAUUCCGGAGCCAGUUAUUUUACCUUUUUGUUGUUUUUGCAGCAUGUUUGUGUGAUGAUUGUUUUUGUUGCAUGUCUUAAAUUUUGCACAGCACUGUGUGUUUCUCAGAAGUGACAAAUCAUUCUUAUAUUUUGAGAUUCUCCGUCUUCUUUGUCACAAUGGCUCUGAUACUCUGCUCCAGCAUUCUCAGAUUUUCUUGUGUUGCUGGAUGUUGUGGUUUUGUCUGCACAGUGUGCCGGUCUUUUUGACAUGAACCUCAAACCGAGCAGCCUGUCUGUUGUGAACCCGCGGUCACGGCAGCCGGACCAGCAGAGCCUGGCCGCGGUCUCCAUCCACACGUGUGCAGUCAGCACACAUUUGUUAUGUAACCAACAAACUGCGUGCACGCCAUGAAGGCCUGGAAGGACACAGCCGAGCACAUUCCUUUUGUUUUUAUGGAGAUCUUCUCACUUGGAAUCACCGGAAUGCCGCAUGGAUUGAGUUUGAUCUUUUUAUUGUCAUUUGUAUCGGAGGAUUCUCCGUAAACCUGCAACCUCUCACAAAAAGUGUCAUGGUUUGAUUCCUGGUCUGUACUGCUGUUGAGUUAUAUGAAUCUGUUUAUUAUGUUCAUUCUUUCCCAUCUUUCAUUAAAGACAAUAGUUGGAAAACUUCAGUAAAGCUGAACCUGUUCGUUGUCACAGUGUCAGAGUCACUCCUGUGUCUUCAAUAAAGAAUUUAAAGUCUGUUCAUAAAUAAAUAAAAAUUAAUCAUUUAUGUAAAAUCAGAAUGUUUAAU